AUGCCAGUUCAAGUUUUAAACAAGUCCCAAAACUUAGAAGCACCGUUCACACAAGAUUUUAUAUCAGAUUUAGUGGAGCAACAUGCUAAUCUUACAUCUAAAAACUUAAUCACCAAAGUUGCUGAAAGCUUGAAAGAGAAAUCUUCAAAACAUAAAUUUAUAGUACAAGCAACAGCAUUGCACAGUGAUGACACAUCCUUUGAUUUGAAAAUCCAAUCCGAUUUUGUUGCUUUGUGGGAUCCGAAGAAGGAUGGUUGCUUCACUUUAAAGGUAUCGCAAGAGGGUGGAGUUGAAGCAAGUACACUUAUUACCAUUUAUUGGAUAUCUAUUUAA